AUGCAGGGUGUCGUCCGGAAGAAGAUCAUUUGCUUGAUUGUUGGAGCUGCUGUGUGUGUAUUGUUAACCUUCCAUCGGCGAUCCUUUCGGAACAUCCCGGAUCUAGUCAGAAGAGUCCCCCAUGUUUCUCCGAUCAGCAAGCCUCCCGAGGCCACCUCGCCUCCACCUAGUGUGUUCAUCCCUGGCCCUGAAGUCCUCAGUCAGAUGAGCGUCGGUGAUUUGAACAGAUUAAAACAGAGAAAUGGUGAAACGCCAGAAAGCAAGUCUUUCUUCUACGAAGUGGACAUCGAUUAUGGAUGCAGGAAACAUAUAUUUUUGAAAAGAGGAAUGGAUAAAGAAGAAACUUUAAAACCAUUGAAAUCUGCUGUAAAACGUACGACGGAAAAGAACGCUAACAGAACGACAAGAGCAGCCAGUCAGACCAUAUACAACACCUCACUGUCCUCAAAGCCCUGUACGGUCAAGGGUUUCCGUACCUUCCACUAUCUCCUCAACCCUCAACUUUAUUACAACUUUGAUCUCAGAAAGUGGAUAUCCAAAGGUCGAUAUACACUCUACAUGAUGCGGGACCUACCUACUAUCCCACCUAUUGUUAUCCAGCCAGUUGAAGAUCUAAAGCAAAUGUCUCUGUCACAUUUAGGAGAGCUUUACCAUUCGUACAUGCAUUCAUCACAGGAACACUGCAGAGAUGUGGUUCGUGUGGGCCAGACGGGCGACGGAGGCUGGAACAUGUGUAACGCUACAGAAUAUCGACCAUCACAAAACUGUCUAGUCUACUCCUUCGGUAUCAAUAAUGACUGGGGAUUUGACGACGCCAUUUCGUCUGACUAUGGAUGCGAAGUCCACUCUUUUGAUCCAAGUAUGGGAGUAAAUGAUCAUAAGCGAUCGGACAAGAUCACCUUUCACAAUUUGGGAUUGUCUGAUAAAAAUGGAAAAAUGAAUGGACACUGGAAAGGAAUGAAUCUUCAAUCCAUCAUACAUUCUCUUGGUCAUGACAAGAGAAUUAUUGACAUUGUUAAAAUGGACAUUGAAGGAAGUGAAUGGUCGGCCAUGGACAGUUUCAUACCCUCAGGAGUUUUGAAAAAUAUUAGACAGUUAUAUUUUGAAUUUCACAAAGGUGUCAACCCAACUAAAGAUGACAGAAAAAGGAUUAUUAAUCUCAGAAAAUUAUAUAACAAUAGUUUUCGAUUGUUUUGGGGACAUCCGAACCAAGUCAAAAUCAAUUUGGGUCGUUAUAAGGAAACUGGACGUGAAGUGACAGGCUGUUAUGAGGAAUAUUAUGUGAAUGUCAAGUUAAAACGUUCAGUAUAAACUAAGGAUGCUUCUUUUCACUUCGUCCAUAGCAGUGAUGUUUGAUAUUUUCUUCGCCCACGAUUUGUGUUCUAUCAUCGGCUUUAAGGAGGCAGUUGAAUACUACUUUUAAAUAUAAUAAUGCAAAACAAAAAACAAAACAAAAAACAAAACAAAAACACAUUACUUUGCAAAACAUCAAUAAGAAAUGGCCGCAUUAAAGUGAUCUGAUCGGUCGAUAGAUUUGGGUCCUGUCCAUGUUAUAAUUUUGAUAAUAAGGAAGUGGUGAAUGGCGUCAACCGAAUGAAAGUGCGAGUGAAUGAGGAUGUACCUAAUUGUUUCAAAAAAAAAUUGUAAAAUUUCCUUUUGAGAGCAGAGCCAUACUCUAGUAUAGGAUUUGAUUUACCAGUAUACUGAUAAUUCUACAACAGUUACUUCAAAGAAUUAUCCGCACACCAUUAUAUAUUAGAAGUGGUAUGCUGGCCUAGACGAAUUCGACUAGAUGGUAAUACAAUGGACUCUAUUCGAAUGAGGUUUUGUUGAAGUUUUCAUCUUAUUAAAGUAGAAUGGGAACAAUUAUCCUCUCUAACUACCACAGAUUCCUUGCGUUAUGACAGAAAAUAAAAUGACCAGAUGUGCGUCAGGUUGGUAACUUGUCGUACACCGAUUGAUCAACUUGUCGUACACCGAUUGAUCACCCUGCCGUACACCGAUUGAUCACCCUGCUGUACACCGAUUGAUCAACUUGUACACCGAUUGAUCACCCUGCUGUACACCGGUUGAUCAACCUGUCGUACACCGAUUGAUCACCCUGCCGUACACCGAUUGAUCAACCUGUUGUACACCGAUUGAUCACCCUGUCGUACACCGAUUGAUCAACCUGUCGUACACCGAUUGAUCAACUUGUCGUACACCGAUUGAUCACCCUGCUGUACACCGAUUGAUCACCCUGUCGUACACCGAUUGAUCACCCUGCCGUACACCGAUUGAUCACCCUACCGUACACCGAUUGAUCACCCUGUCGUACACCGAUUGAUCACCCUGGCGUACACCGAUUGAUCAACUUGUACACCGAUUGAUCACCCUGCUGUACACCGAUUGAUCACCCUGCUGUACACCGAUUGAUCACCCUGCUGUACACCGAUUGAUCAACCUGUCCUACACCGAUUGAUCACCCUGCCGUACACCGAUUGAUCAACCUGCCGUACACCGAUUGAUCACCCUGCUGUACACCGAUUGAUCAACUUGUCGUACACCGAUUGAUCAACUUGUCGUACACCGAUUGAUCACCCUGCCGUACACCGAUUGAUCACCCUGCUGUACACCGAUUGAUCACCCUGCUGUACACCGAUUGAUCAACCUGUCGUACACCGAUUGAUCACCCUGCCGUACACCGAUUGAUCAACUUGUCGUACACCGAUUGAUCAACCUGUCGUACACCGAUUGAUCAACUUGUCGUACACCGAUUGAUCAACCUGUCGUACACCGAUUGAUCACCCUGCUGUACACCGAUUGAUCAACUUGUCGUACACCGAUUGAUCAACAUGUCGUACACCGAUUGAUCAAUUUGCCGUACACCGAUUGAUCAACUUGUCGUACACCGAUUGAUCAACCUGUCCUACACCGAUUGAUCACCCUGCCGUACACCGAUUGAUCAACUUGUCGUACACCGAUUGAUCAACCUGUCCUACACCGAUUGAUCACCCUGCCGUACACCGAUUGAUCAACUUGUCGUACACCGAUUGGUCAACUUGUCGUACACCGAUUGAUCAUCCUGCUGUACACCGAUUGAUCACCCUGCCAUACACCGAUUGAUCAACUUGUCGUACACCGAUUGAUCACCCUGCCGUACACCGAUUGAUCACCCUGCUGUACACCGAUUGAUCACCCUGCUGUACACCGAUUGAUCAACCUGUCGUACACCGAUUGAUCACCCUGCCGUACACCGAUUGAUCAACUUGUCGUACACCGAUUGAUCAACCUGUCCUACACCGAUUGAUCACCCUGCCGUACACCGAUUGAUCAACUUGUCGUACACCGAUUGAUCAACUUGUCGUACACCGAUUGAUCAUCCUGCUGUACACCGAUUGAUCACCCUGCCGUACACCGAUUGAUCAACCUGUCGUACACCGAUUGAUCACCCUGUCGUACACCGAUUGAUCACCCUGCCGUACACCGAUUGAUCACCCUGCUGUACACCGAUUGAUCACCCUGCCGUACACCGAUUGAUCACCCUGUCGUACACCGAUUGAUCACCCUGCCGUACACCGAUUGAUCAACUUGUCGUACACCGAUUGAUCACCCUGCCGUACACCGAUUGAUCAACCUGUCGUACACCGAUUGAUCAACCUGUCGUACACCGAUUGAUCACCCUGCCGUACACCGAUUGAUCACCCUGCCGUACACCGAUUGAUCAACUUGUCGUACACCGAUUGAUCAACCUGUCCUACACCGAUUGAUCACCCUGCCGUACACCGAUUGAUCAACUUGUCGUACACCGAUUGAUCAACUUGUCGUACACCGAUUGAUCAUCCUGCUGUACACCGAUUGAUCACCCUGCCGUACACCGAUUGAUCAACCUGUCGUACACCGAUUGAUCACCCUGUCGUACACCGAUUGAUCACCCUGCCGUACACCGAUUGAUCACCCUGCUGUACACCGAUUGAUCACCCUGCCGUACACCGAUUGAUCACCCUGUCGUACACCGAUUGAUCACCCUGCCGUACACCGAUUGAUCAACUUGUCGUACACCGAUUGAUCAACUUGUCGUACACCGAUUGAUCAACUUGUCGUACACCGAUUGAUCACCCUGCCGUACACCGAUUGAUCAACCUGUCGUACACCGAUUGAUCAACCUGUCGUACACCGAUUGAUCACCCUGCCGUACACCGAUUGAUCACCUUGCUGUACACCGAUUGAUCACCCUGCUGUACACCGAUUGAUCAACUUGUCGUACACCGAUUGAUCACCCUGCCGUACACCGAUUGAUCAACCUGUCGUACACCUCGUCAUUUUAUUUUCUGUUAUAACGCAACGUACCUGUAAAGUUGUUUGAUUUCUGUCAAAUUGGUUCAUGGGCAAAUACGUGGUCUUGUAAUUAUUAAUCAUUGGAUAUUCACGACUUAACGAGUUAUGUCCCUUGAAUAGUAAAAGUUUACCAUUUGGUGCAGUGUAGCGAUAACACGUUACACAGAAAUGGCACAAUUCGCAAUAUUUUUGUCUUCAAUCGACUUUUAAAAAAAGUUCAUGCUACAAUAAAAGAACAAUGAAAUUCCAAAGAUGAUAUAAUAGUACAAGACACAGUUUGUCUCUAAAUGCGCAUGUGUUUCCGGAUAUGACGUUCUUUGUACCAUAGUGCUCAAAACUGACGUCAUGACAGGAAAUGGAUACAAUUUAGUGAUGACCAUGGUACAAUAAUACCUCAGUUGUUCCAAUAGUGCAUUUCCGGUCUUAAUUCAAACGAUUCCAAUCUCGGUGAAGUAAUGUCGUCAUUUGACCUGAAUCUACAAUGGAUGACCACUACGAUUUAGAAAUAGACUUAAAAUCACGUUUUUCAUUUUCGGUUUGGAGACCGUGGCUUAUUGUUCGUGCGUUAUGAUUUCAUUGGUGGUUGGGUCACACACUGGUAACACACUUGCCUUCACCGAUGUUCGAUUCCCUGAUCGGACGUGAAAUAUAUGGGUCACCAGCUGCUGACCACGUGGGUGUUCUCUCGCGUACUCGGGUUUCAUCCCACACAAAGACCCCUAUGACCCCUCGCGUGCGUCCAUCCGAGCCAUCAAGAGUGAUCAAUGAUGAAUAAAAGUUUAUAUAAUUUGUUCCUGUUGUAAAAUGAAUAAGGUUUAUUUUAAACAGUAUUUAAUUUAGUCCAAAGACAUUUCAUACAAAAAUACAAAAUUAGCAGUUCAUAAUUCGCAAAAGGAUCUGGAAACAAGGUUUAUGCUUAUAUCAACCCAUUUCCCUCAGAUGUUCAACGUAACAUUUUAUCUAGGAGAGUAGCCAAGUCACGACACUGCUUAAUCAUUUAAUGAUUUAUAUAGGAAGUAAUGUAAAUUAAAAUGCAUUAAAACAUAAGAUGUACAGUUUCAUAGUAUCCAUGUGUCAGUUUGUACGUAUAUUUCACCAAAAACUCUUUACUUUCAAAACUAGUAUUGUUUCCAUUAAUUAUUGGUAAACGCGUGUGCGAGUGAGUGUUUGUGGGUGGAUGAAUUGUGUUAUCGUGGUGUUAUCAUGUACUGAAGUUAUAAGUUACAGUUUAGUAACUUUAGUAAGAUGACUUAAGCGUCUGUGACACUUGUUCCUAUUUCGUCAUUUUGUAUCAAUAUGCUUGAAAUGAAAUAAAAGCAAAUUUACAUUAAUUUGUACAUUUCUAUCAUAAUUCCUCGUAAUAAGUUCUUAGCGUUUGUAAAUUAGGUGACCUCAAUCUGUCUUCGUUAUUGAUGGUUUUAUUGUUGGUUUACGUUUUAUUGUUCUUUCUGUAAGUUCUCACCUGUGCUAAUUCGUACUGCAGUGCGGUCUCACGGAAGCUUUAUUUAGAAGAAAAAAGUUAUUCUUUGGAAAGAUGUCGAUCUUAUUGUGCCCUCGUUGAAUAGCGAACGGUCGUCAUGGAUCCAUGAUCCAAUUCCAGAUGAUAUUUAUAAUAACCUGAUGAAUCUAAUAAAGAACAGAUGUAUUUUCUAG